AUGCCCCCCGCCGACAGCUCCAACGCACCGUGUCUGGUCCAAUGCGACGUCAUCAUUGUCGGAGCCGGCCUUAGUGGCAUCUCGGCUCUACAUAGACUGCGGAAUCUUGGUCUCAAGACCAAGGUUUUUGAGUCUGCGCCCGAUUUCGGGGGUGUAUGGUACUGGAAUCGUUAUCCUGGCGCCCGGGUGGAUUCAGAAACGCCUUUCUACCAACUCAACAUCCCCGAGAUCUGGAAGACCUGGAGCUGGUCUUGCCGUUUUCCGGCCCAGGAAGAGUUAUUAGACUAUGUACACCAUUGUGACAAAGUCUUGGGCCUAAGGAAAGAUGUCUAUUUCAAUGCUGAAGUGGUCGCUGCCCAAUAUCAUGAGGCACACGGCAUCUGGACCGUCAAGACAGGCGAGGGCCAUGUGGCGACCGCAAAGUAUCUCAUUUUGGCAGUUGGUUUACUUCACAGCAAAUAUCUCCCCAUGUUUCCCGGACUUGACCAGUUUGCUGGGAGCGUUUAUCAUUCCAGUAACUGGCCCCGAGGCUUUAGUGCAACGGGUAAGAAAGUCGCCAUUCUCGGUGCGGGCGCCACAAGCGUCCAGAUUGUCCAGGAGCUGGCCAAGACAGCAGACCAUAUGUCGGUACUUAUACGACGGCCUAGCUAUUGUCUUCCUAUGCGGCAACGGUCGAUCGAUAAGGAGGAGCAGACUGCUUGGAAAGCUUAUUAUCCGACGUUAUUCGAUGCUGGUCGCAAGUCUUACAGUGGUUUUCCAGGCCGAUCCCCAUCUAUCAGCAUUUUUGAGGUUGACUCAAGAGAGCGGGAGGCUUAUUUCGAAGAGCUUUGGGAGCGUGGUGCCUUUAACUUCCUGAUCUGUCAGUAUGAAGAUGUUAUGGUUGAUAAGCAAGCCAACAAGCUCGUCUACGAUUUCUGGGCUCGCAAAACUCGAGCCCGCAUGUCCGAUCAAGCAAAGAAGGACCUGAUGGCUCCUCUUGAGCCGCCAUAUUGGUUCGGCACUAAACGUUGCCCCCUCGAGAAUGACUAUUACGAAAUGCUGGACAAGGCUCAUGUGGAUGUUGUGGACCUCAACCGAUCACCCAUUACCGAGUUCGUCAACACAGGAGUGUACUUACAAGACGGCCGCAACCUGGAAUUUGACACGCUAGUCCUUGCAACCGGCUUCGACAGUUUCACUGGCUCGCUGACCCAGAUGGGCCUGAAGAACAAGCACGGAAUAUACAUAAAGGACGUGUGGAAAGACGGAAUCUCAACGUACAUGGGAGUCUUCUGUCAUGGGUUUCCAAAUGCCUUCUUUGUGGCCACUGCUCAAGCGCCGACCGUGCUUUCCAACGGCCCAACCAUCAUCGAGACCCAAGUCGACCUGAUAGUCGAAUCGAUCGCCAAGUUAGAGAAAGAGAAUGCCAAAUCCCUUGAAGCUACCAAAUCGGCAGAGGAGCGCUGGUCCGACCUGAUAUCAGAAAUGAACGACCACACGCUGUUCCCUUUGACUGACUCAUGGUGGACUGGGGGAAACAUUCCCGGCAAGAAAGCCCAGGCCUUGACGUUUAUAGGAGGAAUCGAUCUGUACAUCCAAAUCUGUCGGACGAAUUUGGAGAACUGGAUGGGAUUCGACGUGGGAUCCUCUCAACGUCGUUCUAAUCUCGGCUGGCGCGCUAGCCUUCGAGAGGGGACCCUGGAGUUGCGCACCAAGCGGAGUCCUGAACGGGAAUUCAAAGCUCUACGACCAUCUUCCUCACAGUCCCGGGGUGCUUCCUUCACGUGGGAGCCUGCCAUCAUCAACACGAUCGAGUCUCAAGCCCUGUUACGGCACUUUUUGGAGCAGACGGCGGCCAAGCUCGUCGCCCGAGAACCUCAUGACAACCCUCUUCUCACCUGUAUCCUGCCCUGGGCAUGCUCGGAAACCAUCAUCAUAGAUGCCAUGAUAGCUCUGAGCGGUGCCGAUAUUGGCCACAAGGUACAAAACUUGGCGUUAAGGAGCGCCACCAUUGACCACUAUUUGGCGGUCACGCGAAAACUGAAGCACGCACUGACGAACUGGGACCCGAGUGAGGCCCAGAACACGCUGCGACUGUUGAGUGUCACCGUCUUUCUGUGUCAGUACGAAGCUCUUACUUGCAAUGGUCGGAGCGUUGCAUACUACCACCUUCGUGCCAGCCGAGAAUUCAUCAAAACCAUCUUUGCUGCUGGCGUAGGCAGUCUCUCCGCACAGGAAUUCGAGAUCUUUGGUUUCCUCUUGGAAUACUAUGUUUACUUGGCGAUUGUGUGUAACGUCACCAUCGGUGGUAACCAGAACACCGAGGUGAUCACCACGGACUGGUUCGUGCAGACGCUACAGCAUCUUCAGGCCUAUCCGACUUUUGGCAGUCUGCUCGGGAGCUGCUGGGAGCUCUAUGAGCUUAUCCCCGUUAUCCAGUUCCUCCCGAAGUUGGAGGACGAGCCGUGGAUUGAAACGUACUCCUCCUUGGAGGAAAGAAUCCUGAACUGGCCGCCCACUCCGCCGACAAAACCAGAAGGCCCCCUCCAAGCCCGGGCAUUGACGGCGGUAGGCCGGAUUUAUCAGCUUGCCCUUUUGGCUUUCCUGUACUCGGCGUGUUACGUCAAAUAUCGGAACAAAGAGGACUUUUGCAAGAGAAUGGCACCCAUCAUCGUCGAAUUCCGGCAUCUCUGUGGUCACACAUGCGCCUCACCAUUGCAAACCACGCUGCUAUGGCCCCUGAUGGUCAUCGGUUCGUGUCUGACCUCAUCAGAGGACCAGCAAGAAAUGUGUGCUGGUCUGUCCAGGUCAAGGUUUGACUGGGCUAUCACGCAUCGAGCUUUGGAAAUCCUGAAGAUGACUUGGGAACUGCACAAAGAUGACAUAUUUGGGCCUUUCGCCUUGGGGACUGUGGUGAAAAGCCAUGACUUUUGCGUGAGCUGA